AUGGACAGGACGCAUGGCAUGCCGCAGGGGGCGUCCAGCUCGGCAUCCUCCUCGACAGCCUGGACCCCAAGCAGCCAUGCCCCCAGCUCCUACGACCACGACGAGCGCGACUCAAUAGAUCUCCUCGGGGAACCCAACGAUGCAGACGACGACAUCUUUGGCGGCGACCCUCUCGCGGACGACCUGAACGAGCCCAUGUCCUUCAAACGGAAACAGAAGCAGAGCGCCUUCUCGCAACCGGCACGUUUCCUCUCGUCGCUCACGGGCUCGCGCCCCGACCCAAGUCGCAAUGGCUAUUCUUCACCCGCGAGGAGCCAGGGGGCAUCGGACGGGCCGCUGGAAGGGACACAGUCGCCAAGGAGACGCGGGCUCCAUCCUGACCUCAACCCGGGGUCAAAGGAUGGCAUGCCGCUGGACUGGUACGUGGAGGGCCCCGGCCGGCGUGUCGGGUACGAGGACCUCACAGCCAUCGACUGGAUCUUCGAAUACACAAAGGAGAGACAAAGGCUACGGGUGCUAUAUUCGAGUGCGACAGGCUUGGUUGGAUACGUGCGCCAGCUCCUGGAUUCUAGUCAGAUCUGGGUAAUCCUCGUUUUGACCGGCCUUGCAGUCGGUGCCUUGGCUGCCGCCAUAGAUAUCACUACCAACUGGCUUGGAGACCUCAAGACGGGCUUCUGUCAGUCCGGACCUGACGGCGGAGCUUUCUAUCUCAAUCGGGACUUCUGCUGCUAUGGGUAUGACGAGGGUGCCAAAUGUCUGGGCUGGAAGCCGUGGGCUGCGGCGGUUGGUGUCACUUCUGCUGGCGGAAAGUGGUUUGUAGAAUAUUUUUUCUUCCUCCUUUUUGCGGUUACUCUUGCUCUAUGCUCAGCGCUGCUGGUCAAGGAGUAUGCAUUCUAUGCCAAGCAUAGCGGUAUCCCCGAGAUCAAGACAGUGCUCGGCGGGUUUGUCAUUAGAAGGUUCCUUGGCCUAUGGACGCUCAUAACGAAAUCACUGGGUCUGUGUCUGUCAGUGGGAUCAGGCAUGUGGCUGGGCAAGGAGGGCCCUUUGGUGCAUGUUGCGUGUUGCUGCGCAUAUGUGUUGACAAAGUUGUUUCCUACCGUCAACGACAACGAGGCUCGGAAAAGAGAGGUCCUCUCAGCCGCUGCGUCGUCCGGCAUCUCUGUGGCAUUUGGCGCACCCAUCGGAGGCGUCCUUUUCAGUCUGGAGCAACUCUCCUACUAUUUCCCUGACAAGACUAUGUGGCAAAGCUUCGUCUGCGCCAUGACGGCUGCAGUCACACUACAAGCUUUUGACCCGUAUAGAUCAGGCAAGCUUGUCCUAUACCAGGUGACAUACAGCGUGGGUUGGCACGGCUUUGAGUUGGUCCCUUUCGUGCUGCUAGGCAUACUAGGGGGAGUUUAUGGGGGACUCUUCAUCAAAGCCAACAUGGCUGUUACGCGGUGGAAGAAAGCAACGCCUUGGUUGCCAGGGCCCCUGACCCAAGUGGCCAUUGUCGCACUUCUGACCGCCCUAGCCAACUAUCCAAACCUCUACAUGAGAGCGCAGACUUCAGAACUGGUGUCCAAUCUCUUCUCCGAGUGCUCCCAGCUCAUCGACGACCAGUUUGGACUUUGCAAGACCGGUGCCGCAUCAGCCGGUACCAUACUGCUGCUGAUCUUUGCUUCGAUCCUGGGUUUCUUCCUUGCUGCCAUCACCUUCGGUCUGCAGCUUCCUGCUGGCAUCAUCCUUCCCUCGAUAGCAAUCGGAGCGCUCUUCGGCCGAGCCGUCGGUAUCGUCCUCGAGAUCUGGCAUCGCAACAGCGGCGGGGCCUUCCCCUUCGGCACAUGCGAACCGGACAUACCCUGCAUCAUCCCCGGAACAUACGCCAUCAUUGGCGCCGCCGCGACGCUGGCCGGCGUCACGCGCAUGACCGUCUCCAUCGUAGUCAUCAUGUUCGAGCUUACGGGCGCCCUGACCUACGUCCUCCCCAUCAUGAUCGCCGUCAUGAUAGCCAAGUGGGUCGGCGACGCCUUCUCCCGCAAGGGCAUCUACGAGGCCUGGAUCAACGUCAACGAGUACCCCUUCCUCAACAACUCCGAAGAGACCAACGCCCCAGACGUGCCCGCCUCGCAGAUCAUGACGCGCAUCGAGGACCUCGUCGUCCUCACCGCCACGGGCCACACCAUCGCCUCGCUGCAGGCCAUCCUCGACGCCCACCCCUACCGGGGCUUCCCCGUCGUCUCGGACCCGCGCGACGCCGUGCUGCUCGGCUACAUCUCGCGCGCCGAGCUGGCCUACAACCUGCACUCGUCGACGCAGCCGCCGCGGUCCCUGGGCCCCGACACCGAGGUCUUCUUCUCGCACCAGCCCAUGGCCGACCCGCGCGCCACGCUCGACCUGCGGCCCUGGAUGGACCAGACGCCCCUGACCCUGCCGGCCCGCUCCCGCCUGCACUUCGUCGUCUCCUACUUCCAGAAGCUCGGCCUGCGCUACGUCCUCUUCAGCGACCGCGGCGCCCUGCAGGGCCUGCUGACCAAGAAGGACGUGUCGUACGUGCUCAACGGCGCCGAGGAGACGCGGCGGACGAGCGGCGUCAGCGGAGCGGGGGCCUCGCGCGGAGAUGCAAGGGGUUUUGCUGCAACGGCAGGAUUGCACCAAGACUUGGAUGGGGAUGCCGAGGACCACGGGCUCUUGCACACCAGCGAUAGCGCGAAUGUGCCUCUCAGUCCAGCGGAACAGCGAGGCUCGAUUCUGUAA